AUGGAAGAGCCGCCGGAGGGGCACGGCCACCGAGAAUCGGCGCCGCCCGGCCCGGCGAGCAGCGGCAGCGGCAGCGAUGGCGAGAGCUUGCCCGUGUCCCCCAGCCCCGCGCCCGCCUCCCCCGCCGCCCCCUGCCCCUUGCCCCUUCCCCGCCGCCGCCCCCCGCCGCCUCCCCCGCCGCCCCCCCAGCGCACCACCAACUUUUUCAUCGACAACAUCCUGAGGCCGGACUUCGGCUGCAAGAAGGAGCCUCCCGCUCCGACCGGCGGCUGCGGCGGCGGCGGCGGCGGAGGAGGAGGAGGAGGAGGAGGAGGAGGAGGAGGAAGCAGCAGCAGCAGCAGCAGCCGGGAGCGGGAUGGAGACCGAGGGCAGAGCUCAGGUAGAGAAAACAUCAACCCGCUGCUGGCCCGGCCGCCCAACCCGCCGGCCCUCCUGUGCCCGGACUCGAACUGCGGGCCCGACGGCUCCCCGGCCGCGCCGCCCGCCGCCGCCGCCGCCUCCAAAGCCAGCCCCGGCGCGGCGGGGGUGGCGGCGUCGGGGGCGGCCAAGCCCCCCGGCGAAGGGGGCGACACUCACCCGGCCAAGUACGGGGAGCACGGCAGCCCCGCCAUCCUCCUCAUGGGCUCUAAUAAUGGAGGACCUGUUAUAAAGCCCGACUCGCAACAGCCGCUGGUGUGGCCUGCCUGGGUCUACUGCACUAGGUAUUCAGACAGACCGUCCUCGGGCCCCCGCACCAGGAAGCUGAAGAAGAAGAAGACGGAGAAGGAGGACAAGCGGCCGCGGACGGCGUUCACGGCCGAGCAGCUGCAGCGGCUGAAGGCGGAGUUCCAGGCCAACCGGUACAUCACGGAGCAGCGGCGGCAGAGCCUGGCCCAGGAGCUGAGCCUCAACGAGUCCCAGAUCAAGAUCUGGUUCCAGAACAAGCGCGCCAAGAUCAAGAAGGCGACGGGCAUCAAGAACGGGCUGGCGCUGCACCUCAUGGCCCAGGGACUCUACAACCACUCCACCACCACCGUGCAGGACAAAGAGGAGAGCGAGUGAGGACAGCCCUAGCCACGGACAGGUGCUAUUUAAAAGCAGAUCUAUUGUCUAUCCAUAGUAUAAGGACUCCACUUAAGAAAAAAAAAAUAUGAACGCUUACAAAAAAAUUAUCUCUAUAUAGCCAAACAGCAUAUGACCUUGUAUAUAUUUAAUUUCAGGUAAGAAAUAUGUGUAGCGAUCUCUAUUUGCUGGACAGUUUCUCUCUCCCCUUCCCUCUCUCUUCCUCUCUUUUGUUCGUUUGUUCGUUUUGUUUGCUUUCCUUUUUUCUUUUCCGAUGUCCGUUGCUCUUGCUUUACAGUAAAUGUCCGACUUUCCUGAUCUUUCGUUCGAUCUUAUUUUUUUGUGUGUGAAUUUCUGUCUCUCUUUUUAUUUUUUUUCCCGAGGAAAAAAAAAAAU